AUGGGCGGCUGGUCUAGCAGUGCUGUGCUGGAGCUGUACCGGGCGCUGCUCCGUGCAGGGCGUCACCUUCAGUACACUGACCGCAACUACUAUCGCCGCGCUGUGGCGCGCGAGUUUCGGCGGUGCAAAACUCUGACUGUACCCGAAGACAAGGAGGAAGCGCUGAAGAGGGGCCAGUUUUUCCUCAGUAGCCGAUUGGGUGGGCUUAUGUAG